AACCAAAACACAACCAAAAACCAAAACACAACCAAAAUGACAAACCAAAUAUGAAGCACCUUGCAUCUCAGGAAAAGGUGGCCUGUGUAGAUUUCUUGAGUGGAAUUUUUUUUUAUAAUUUAGUCCUUUAACUAUGAAGUUCUUUUUUAUUAAUGCCCCAUGUUCUCUAAAUGGAUGCAAUCAUUGGGCUGAAAUCUGUAAUUAAAUUCCUGUAAAUACUGUACAUUUUAAAUGUUUUAUAUGAAAAUAAAAAAAUUAAGAAAAAUGUGUGUCCUUGCCUCUUUAUGAGUGGUGUCUUUUGUUCUGAAGAUUAAAUGUGCUUUUGAAGCUCUCUCAGUUCAUGUUAUGUGUGUAGUGUAUGCUUGAACAUUAUUGAGAAUCAAAACCCUGCUUGGGGGAGGUGUGUGUGGCCCGUCUGUGGCUGUGUGCAGCCAGUUCCUGGAUCCUACUGACCAUCUUCAUCCUCGGUGCUGCAAUUUCUCUUCUGCCCUUUGGCACUCUUGAUGCAGCCUGCAGUAACUUAAGUCCAGUUCUAUUGCUUGGGCCUGGGGAUGCUUCCUUAUGUUCUAUUUUAAAAUUGUGGACAAGGAUUAAAUGGUCAAACCAUUUGAAUGGAUUAGUUGCUACAGAGUGAGGGAAGCUGGCCUUCCUUGAAACUGUAACUGUUCAUUAGAAGUUUUAAAUGAUCACUGAACUCUUAUUUGUGUGAUAUUUUACUUUCUGCUGUCCAGCCACAGCUUGAAAGAGGAAAAGCAUUACAAGCAGAGCAAACGAUGAGCAGGCAAACUAGGAGGUUCUGCCAGCCAGCUUGCAAUGUGUCCUGCAGUUGUCAAAUGCUUGCAAUGUGAACGGUACAGCAGGAAGGGUAUUGACUCUGAUACAGCUUUUUUUCUGUGCCAACAUCACUUGAAUAACACAAAGUCAAACAACUUCAAACUCAACAACUUACUCCCCUUCAAAAAUGCCCUUUCAAAGAGAGUAAAUAAAAUCCUUUCUGAUUGAAAAUACAGAGCAAGAAGAACAAAAAUAAAUUCACUGUUUUCUUUCUGGGUAUGGCUGUUAUGUUUUGUAAUAUAUUUUGCAAGUUAAUAGCAGCUCAGUGAAUUGUAGGAAGGGUGGGGGGCAUGUGCUGUUCCAUUCCAGAAGAAAGGAACUGUCGUGUGCUUUCUGCUGCCAGGUUUGGCAGAGUUGAAGCCUGUGAUAAUGUGCUGCACUUGUGAUUGUGAGAUAAAUUAUAACAAGUAAGGAAGGGUUGCAAAAGCUUGCCUGAAAGGCUAGAGGGCAGUGGUAGCAAGGAGGUAGAGAGCAUCUUUCCAUUUCUCAGUCCAUUCUUCCGUGUGGCUUCAUCCUAGAUAUCAGUCUGGCCUUAUCUCAGCUUUUAGUAUAGUAGCAAUUUGUACUCAUCCCCCAAAUCUGAAUAAAAAUUGCAAUAAAAUACUGUGAAUGUGGAUGGUGAAAUACAAAGAAUUAAUUUUUCAAUUGCUUCAGGGUGCGUAGCAAACCUAGCAAUUUUAUUUGAGAUACACCAAACUUCAUUUCUUUUAAGACAAAGAAUAUAGAACAAAGCUUUUUUGUCUGUAAGAAUUACAGGGUGAUCUUAAUGAUUAAAUGGUCACGUUCAGUAGACUCGAAACUAACACCUCUGAGAGGUGUGAAAACCAAUUAUGUGAAGUGUGGAGGGUUCUGUCGUGAAAAGCUCAGCACACAGAUUCCUCAAUGCUCAGAGACUAUCCACACAAGAUCUUCGACAUUGUAUUUAUUAAGGAAGAAAAAUGCAGGCUUGUAAAACUACAGUGUAUAUACAAAUUCAGUAGGUAUUUGGAGAUGGUGGUGGUAAAGAUUGUUGUAAGAAUGGACUUUCUGGUCUAGAGUUUGCACUCCUUGGAUGGUGGAGAGAUGAUACUGAGAAUUCAAGACAAUCACAGAACGGAGCCACAGGCUAGAAAGUGCGAUGUGUGCAAACUUGGCCUUGCAGAAGAAAUGAGUGAAAGGCAAUUUCUUUUUUUUUCUUCUAUUUCUUCUUUCCCUUGGCCAGAGAAACCCCUGGAGCUUGCAUCUUUCCAUGUUUUAUUGCCCAAAGUAGCUACCAGGAAUGUUUGCUCCUCCUGCAGCCUAAUUUUUAAUGACAGAUACGGAAGCAGGCAUCUCAGUUGCAUGAGUCAGUUCCUGAGUGCAGGCCUGCCAACCCCUUGCCCUCUGUGCUGUGUGCUGAGUCAGCCCUGUGUGGUCUGUAGCCUGGACAGCACCUUGGUGAUCAGGUGCAGAGGCUUCGAACCACCCCCUACACAAAAAUCAGUGUGUGGGUCAUAUCCUACUCACCAAUAUUCCAGGAGUUGCCUCAGCUGCCUCUGGUGGCAGUGUGUCAGAGAGCAUUGGCCCUACCAGGCUUUGAACCUUUCUUUACUUUAGUAGGCGGACCAAGAAAGCAUAAGCAAUGUUUGUGUUGUACCUCUCCAGUCUUAUCUGUGGUUUCUGUUGGCUGAGUGAACACUUGGCACCUUUACUAUGCUGUGAAGAUUACCUAAGCAAAACUGACAAAUUAUGGAAUAUUAAUUCUGCGUGUCUCCAAGCUGGUAGUUUUUUGUCUGCAGAUGACUUGGUGAGGGAUCCACAACCUAAAAAGUGGGUCUUAAUGGACUUAAACAAGCUACAGCACUUCUUAGUGGUAGGAAAAAAUAUAAUUCUAUGGCUUUGCAAGUGAGAAAAACUGACCAUUUUAAGGGAACUUGUCAUUUAAAUAAAAGGCUUUGAGCUAUUUUGGGGUUUGGUAUUAAUUUCAGUUCCUAAUGAAUGUUAGUGUUGGUUACUAACUUCCCAGUCAAUUCAGUGUGUUGCACAUUGUUAAAUAAAUACUGCAUGUGCAAAUAAUGACUUGCUACUUUUGAGCCUUCAGCAGAUCUUCAUCUUUAAUAUGGUGAAAUGUCUCACUAUGUAGAUGCAGCUACAGCAUUGGGAACUUCUAACUGUAAUCUUUAAAAUGUUGACCCAAGCUCUUUAACAGUGAGAGGUGAACAGUUUGUACCUGUGGGCAGGAAGCAGGGAAGGCACACACUGUGCAGUGAAAGUCUGUGUCGCUUCCUCAAAACCUUCUCUGCAAGAACAUAUGUGAUGCAGUAUCUCUUCCCUGCAGAUCAGGGGGAAAAAAAAUCUGAAAAGUCCCUCCGGCCUGACUGUGUGUUUGCUUUUGUUUUAAUUUUUGUGUGUAGUGAUUCAUUUUCCCAAUCCCCACUGAGCUGGUGAAAGGCUGCCCUGCUGCACAUGGUGCAUCAGAAGAAGCUGAGGGAGCUGGAUCCCUUCAGCCAGGAGAGGUGGCACUCGGGAGAGAUCUAAUUGCCAACUACAGCCAACUGUAACAUUUGCAGAAAUGGCAGGCUCUUAUCUGAAGCUCCCAGGAAAACCACAAAAAACAGCUGUCAUAAAUUGCAGCAGAGGAAUCCCCCUAGGAUGUGCAGGGGGAAACUCACAUUAAAAGCGGUUAACUCUAGGAUAAAAUUGCCACUAGCCCUGUGCUGAGGCUGGACUGGGUGACCUCCAGAGCCCCCUCUCAAUACAGGUUUUCCUCUAAGUCCACACUGGCUGUUUAGAAAAGACUGAAAACUGUGGCUCCAAUUGUGAAUAGUCUUUAGGUCUAGAGUAACAUGAACCGCUCACUUUUUUUAUUUUUGUGUGAAAUGCUACACAUGAGAGAGAAUUGCCUGGCCUCUGCCAGUUACUAGAAGUAUUCUCUGUAUGCUUUGGGUAUGCUUUCUUCAUCCUCCCACAUCCUCAUCCAGGCCUGUAAGCAAAACCCAUCUCACAUUCACUGCAAGUAAUCAGAGACUCGCAUCUGAAAAGCCAAAGGUAGUGCUACAGUAGCAGUUUCAGGGUUACAUUUUCUCCUCUUAUGUAUGGGAAACACCUCAUUCAAGGGAAAAAGAAAAAAAAAAGAGUAACAAGGAGGUGGUCCUGUCAAAUGAGAUGGGUCAAGCAGCUUUCAGCAAAAAUGUAGUUGCCUUUUAACUCUGUGUAGCAAUAAUCUGUCCUCAGGAGAAAGAAAGCUGUUUACCCUGCAUUCAGAUAGGUUUCUAUUUCAGCAAUGGAAAAAAUUCUCAUACCCGUGGUUUUCUAUGUUGGUUCACAAAAAUACCAGUUCUGCUGUUUCACAAUGGUUUGGAUCAGAAAGAUGCUGCAGUGUAAGCUAGGACGAGCUAGUAGCAUAAUUACUUAUGUGGAUUCUGCUGGGCUAAGUAACACAUUUUAACUUUCCACUUCUUAAAGUGCUGUUCAGAAUACCCGUAAUACUGUUUAUAAAAGUUCCUGUAUUUUAAAUACCAUUGCAGUGUGCAUCAUCCUGCGUUCCUCAAUAGUUUACAUUUUGAAAUGCACUCUAUACACCAUGUGCAUAUUCUUUGAGACUCCAGACAUAUUUGUAUGUCCAUGUCUGCGUGUGUGUGUGUGUGUGUGUGUGCAGCUGGUCCUUCUUUGACUCUAGUGAUUUUUAUCACCCAAAGCACUGAAGCAGCGUGACUGAGGCUGAUGAGUAGCACAGUGUUACAGGUGCUAAUAGCCUACUAUUGAAAUAGCGGCUGUUUCAAAGACAACAGAAAUUAUGUGAAGCGUUACUGAUUACUGCAGAAUGCCAAGCCCAGCUGCCGAUUAAACACUAUCAGAGUGCAGUGCACAGGAAACCCUGGGUUUCCCCAUGUGACAGGCAUUUCUUGCCCUGUUUCACCACAUCGCAGUGCAGCCUUUUCCGAGCAAAACCUGCUGGCGCCGGCACGCUGGCCCUCAGCUCUGCUCUUCUAGGAGAAGCCACCAUCAAAAGGAACUUUGACAAAGGUCCACACUUCAGCUCCUGGCAAUGGGCUGCUUCCCAGGAUAUGGGAAGGUGUGUACAAGUCAAGUAAACAAAUACAGGACCUGUGACUAAACAUUGAUGACCUUUCAGACUAGUGAUUGGUUUGUAAAAGUUCCCUAUUCCCGUACUUGAGCUCAUAUAACAUGAUGAAAUACUAAUUGAAUUUGGUAUGGGGAACUACUUAAAGGUCACUGGAUUUUGAAGAUGUGUUUGGGAAAUGGAUAGAUAAAAAAUCUGCAGCUAGAGAUAGACUUUCUGACUUCUGCCUUCAUUUUGGUGACGUGGUGUUCUUCAUUUUUUCUCAGUUCUUUAAUUCCCUUAAUUGGUUUGACUAAUUCAUUACUCAAAGCUACACAGUCAGCAUUUUACUAUAUAUGCUGCAGGUUUGGUGCUGGUAUAAUGAGGUAUAGGUGAUCAGCUGAACUGAGACCCUGUGCCCGUCUAUCUGACCAAGGUCAGCUUCUUGAUUAGAUGUUGUUUGGUUUGUUCAAUACAACAGGUGGCCUUUAAAUAAGUUCAUUUGAACCAGAACUUGCACUUUUUUUUGACCUGACAAGUCUUCUGUUUCCAUGUUUUCCCAAAGUAAAGAUGACUUCAUGACAUUUUUGUUUGUUUGCAGACAAGUAGUCUUCAUAUCCAUUACUCCUUUUGUGGAAGCUGUUAUGCAGGGCUGUGCUAAGUCUUACAAAAUUAGCAUUUUUCUCCUCUUGCUUAUCAUCAUGAGUUUUCAAAAAGAGAAUGCAUCCUGACUUUUGCUUAGUUGCACUAGUGCUUGAGCAGUGAAGUACCAGUGGGUGUCAGCAUCGGGGAGCUUUUGGGGAGGGAAGAGUGAGGGGCAAGGCUCAGCAGUAGCACCACAUUCACCACCAGCAACCGAAUAGUCUGAGCUUUCUAUGCAUCCCAGGAGCACAAAACUCAUCUCCCACCAGGCAGGCGUGCACGUGGCAUUAAAGCAUUUGCAAGCACGAAGUGAGAUUGUUCUCGCCGGGGAGCCCUGGCAUCCCCAGCCCUGGGGGUCUGUACAUCUUGGGCAGGCAGGAUCCAGAGGAUAACAUUGACAAAUGCCAGUAUUUGUGCAGGCAGUGUUGGAGCACACCUGCACCAAUUGGAGCAUAUGACUGGGCAGUCUGAAAGUCCAACCCAGAGUGGCACUUUGGCCCUAUGGGCUGGGCUUACCUUCCCGAUCCCUGUCCGGAGGCAGUCAGUCCUGCAACUUCCCUGGCCUCCCAGCAUCUCCCAGCAGCCAGUGUGGGGUGAACGUGCUGCCCAACAGCCAGAAGCGAUUUCACAGCCCCUCAGUCCUCCAGUGACAGCCCCCAAGAUGAUGUCCUGCCACCAGCACACCUGCAAACUCCAUCUCUUGCUUUUGACCCAGAGGCAGUCCAUCAAACCAGAGGACAUCCCAUGGGUAGGUAUUUUAUAUCUUUGGAGCAAAAUUUCUUGUGUUCUUAAGCUCUGAGCAACUAGUGAACUGAAAAUGUACAAACAUACAAAUAAUAUACAAACAAAUAAAUAAAUAACUAUUAAAAAUCUUAGCAUGGCAAGCAAGCAAGCUUCUGUGACAAAUUUAUGGGAUAAAGCAAUAUUGGCAGACGUCAUUUGGGAAUUAGUGUCUUAAAAAAAGGACCUCUUUCAUAAUGGCUUGGUUCAUAAUUAGUUCCAAACUUCUGCAUGACCACAGCUGCCAAGAAAGAACAAUUGCUCAUGUUUAAUUUAGAGCUACUCAUAUGUUCUCCAGCUAAAUUAAACCAAAGCCAAACCGGGGAAUUUGGAAACCACUGAAAAUAAGGGGAACUCUGGAGUGCUUAAUGAUUACUUCCUCAUAAGACAUGCCCAAGAGGAAGAUAGGUGCUUUUCAGUCAUGGAGCUGCUCUCCUAAGCAUGAGGAGGAUCAUGCUGUCCUUCCUCUGCUUACUGAUGCACCUACUUCAGGUUGAGACAACUUCGCUUUUAGUUUUGGAAAACCAAGACCUGCAAGAUUCGAUUAAGCCGCAGAAGUGGCCUACCUUGCCCACGACACUGCCUCAAGAUGCCUUGCAUGGAAAGCUUGAGGCAACAUUAGGGGCUGGUCCUCAGGGUCUGCUCCCAUCCCUGGCACACUGGUAUGGGCAGAGCACGUGGCAAAACAAAGACAACUGCUGGGGGAUUCCCAGCCGUGUCUGUGACCUAACACAUGAGACCUCUGACAUCCAGGAGCCUUACUACGGCAGGGUGAGAGCCACCUUGGCUGGUGUCUAUUCCAGCUGGAGCCUCAGCUGCAGAUUCACUCCCUGGCGAGAAACUAUGGUAGGACCUCCAAUGGUAACUGUGGUUCAUAGCAACAACUCCAUAAUAGUAAAGCUCCAGGCUCCACAGUCCCCUUAUAAAAGGAAGAGAGGCAGCAAAAUAACAAUGACAAAUUAUUAUGAUCUGCUGUAUCAAGUCUUCAUAAUUAACAACUUGCUAGAUGAGCAACACAGAGUCCUGGUGUAUGAAGGGAAAGACAAGGUUAUUAAAAUACAAGACUUGAGGCCUGGAGUCAGCUACUGCAUCGUGGCUAAAACGUACGUGCCGAUGCUGGACCGCAGCAGUGCCUACAGCAGCAGGCAAUGUACCGUGCUGCAGUGACAGGGCUGGCACCUCUGAGACAGGGAUAAUGGCAGAAGAUGCCUUCCAUCACAGGUCCAGCUGUAAAUCAACAUCUGCUGUCUGUGUCUGGAAUACAUACUUGGAUGUAUUGAUUUAACCUCUGCUGCAUUAAAUUAUUUGAUUCAUCACAAUCAUUUAAUGCUACAUGAAGGUCAAGGAUUCUUUGUAUGUCCCGUAUUACAAUUUAUGAUGGUACAUAUUUGCAUUUUCAAAGGAAACAGUCUUGUAAUAUAAAAACAAAACCAUGAAAAAAAGUCUUUGUGGAAAUAUCCUUAAGAUUGCCUCUAGGGGUUUUGUAUUUUAAGUCUUGGAAUUAAAAUACAAUCUAUGAAAUAGAGUUUCAAAUAUUUUAUAUUUUCUACAAUGAUUAAAACAGAAAAUGAAAAAAGUGUCCUUUCUUUAAAAUAAGAAAUGUACAAUACAGGAGUAUUUCCAUGCUCACAGUGUCUUCAUAGUACCUCAACAUAAUAUUUCUGACAGUCAAAUUUCUGACAUUCAAACCAGGAAUGCAUGUAAACUAAAACAGGAAAGAUCCUCUCUUCCAUUCAGUGAAAGACAGUUAAAGGAAAGAGAUCCUCAGCAACUUUGCUGAGGAAACAAAACUGUGGGGAGUGGCUGAUAAACCAGAGGGCUGUGCUGUCAUUCAGUGAGACCUUGAUAGGCUGGAAAAUUGGGUGGAGAGAAACUUAAUGAGGUUCAACAAGGGCAAGUGUAGGGUUCUGCACCUGGGGAGGAAUAACCCCAAGUACCAGCAUAGGCAUGCAUCUGACCUCCCACAGAGCAGCUCUCCAGAAAAGGACCUGGGAGUCCUGGUGGAUGACCAGUUGAUCACAAGCUGGCAGUGCCCUUGUGGCCAGGAAGGCCAAUGGCAUCCUGGGGUGCAUCAGGAUACCAUUAUUA